AUGCCUGAGAUGGAACUUAUUACGAUUGCAGCAAUGGGUAAUAUUAAGAAUGAAUUACAAGAGUUCUUUAAAGACAUCUGGACUACUCAGCGUGUUAAAGAAUGGGAUACAAAUGUCAAUCAUGCAUACGAAAACUCAUUAAAAAUUGUAAGUGAGUAUAUAGUGCCUGCAUGUGAGAGGAUAUUAGUUCAACUUGAUAAACUAUUGGGUUAUAGUUUAUGGGUUCAGCGUUAUGGAGAGUUCCUUGAAAGCAGUUCUAUUAGAAAAUGUAUUGUACAGGCUCAAUUAUUCCUGGUUAAGAUUUUAGAAUUCUCUAAAUCAAUGAAUAACUUGAAAAAAUCAUUUAAUGCAUUUAUUGCUUGGAUUACAUUAGUUGUUCAACACUUUUAUGAUUCAAGCUCGACAGAAUUUGAAAACCCACCUAUUGUAUGUGAAUCUCCUGAACUUGUUUUGGAAUUCUUAGAUAAAGAGUUUACAAAAGAUAGCAUGGCUGACUAUUUUGAUAACCUAUCUGAGUUAAAUUUGAUUCAACUUUUAUCAAAUAUAUCUGAUUCUUGUCAGCGAAUACUAGAAAAGCCUUCUACAAAGGUACGAAUCAUUUCAGUCUUUCCCUUUUAUUUAAGUCAUAUAUCAAUUGAUUCGCAACCAAGGAAAGGAAUUAUAUCAACUACAACGGUAAAGAUGCAAAUAGAAAGAAGUUGA